AUGUUACUUGUUUUGCGAGUUAUACAGCUAGUACGAAGUAGAUGUUCCGUGGACCACUUCUCUGAAGUUUCCGUGGAAAAUGUUGCGGAAGUCUUUCCGAACGGACUUGAGGUUGAUUGCAACAAGAGUCAUGGUUGGUUUGGAGAAAAGGUCGUCGAUUUCUUCCAAAGAUCUGCCCUUGGUCUCCACCACGAAAAGCAGCUGGUAGAUCCAUCCCAGAGCAGCGAUUCCUCCGUAGAAUCCCAAAGUCAGUCCAGUGUCGGUGAACGCGUUCCACAUAUCGGUGAAGUUGUAGGUGAUGAUGAAGGCCCACAGGUACAACGAGGCACUGGUCACGGUAACACCGUACGAACGCAGGUAUGUUGGGAACACCUCGGAUGGAAUAACCCAGGUCAGACACGAGUACGAGCCGAAGAAGCCCAUGUACAAGAUGAUACCGGUCAGGUACAAUCCGAGCGACGCAGAGCCGUUGACAGGCAGUCUGUAAGAGAUACCAACAAACACCAAUCCGAUGAAGAAUCCUGGAAGCAUAGCAUUGGCCCAGAACCGGCGUCCACAGUAGUCCAUGCACAUGAUGGCUGGAAUGGUACCGAGAAGCAGAGCACCUCCUCCAACAAGCGACAUGAACACAGAGUUCUUCUCGUCGAAUCCAAUGGAAGCCAUCAGGGUCGACAUGUAGUACAUGACAGCGUUGACACCGGUGAACUGUCCAAGGAAAAUCAUCACUGUGGACUCUUCUUGUUCCAAAGACUGGAUCAUGUCCAAGAACUCGAUCUUGGAGUUAAUGUCCUCGAUGUUUCUAAGACGUUUCCAGAUAGUGUAUGCGGCUCCAAGUCUUCCCUUGUGGACAAGGUAUCUUGGGGACUCUGGAAGGAAGAACAUACCGGCAAACAGCAAGGUGGAGAACACGAGCGACGAACCCAGAAUGUAUCUCCAGGCACCGUCCAGCGAAUAGAACAUGGCAGCAAUAGCGUAUCCGAAAACUUCUCCAAGAGCAAUAUUGAACUGGAACAAGGAAACCAGGUUUCCUCUCACUUCGGAUGGAGAACACUCACCAACGUAGGCAGGGAUGAUGGAUUCCAAACCAACACCAAAUCCAAUAAAGAAACGACCGGCAUACAAACCUUCAACAUUUGGAGUAGCAGCACACAAAACACCUCCAAUAGUGUAAGAAAUACAAGCAACCAUAAUAGACAGUCUUCUUCCCAGAAGCUCGUUCAAUGGAGAAAGACAGAUACAUCCACCAAUAGCACCCAGAGGCAUCAAAGCACUCACAAGAGAUUGCUCGUGCGAGGUAACAUUGAGAUCUGGAACAAGAGACACCUUGGCACCGGAAAUGAGCGAUUGGUCAACACCAGAAAGCAUGCCUCCCAAAGAGGCAAAGAAGGCAAGCAUGUAAACCAUGUGUUUUCUCUGGCUAAAGUUGAUGGUGUAGCCAGUUCUCAACACCAUACGGUCCCACAAGGAGUUUGUAUCUUCUGCUUCUUUUGCGAGGAGUUCCAGCUCCUCAAAACGAGCAGUGAACUGCAAGCCCUGGUCGUCAAGGGCCUCAGCCUUUCCUGA